GAUUUAGCAUGCAGCUUUACUCUGUGAAACUUCUAAGAAGCAGGUAAAGAGGAUGGAGGUAGAGGAAGAGAGGCCUGCAAAAUAUCUGUGCAAAACUGCAGAAACUGCAUCUUUGAGAUACAGACCUUUAUUUCAGUCAGCGAUCACCUACCCAUCUGAAAGGAUUUGAAGACUGCAUGAAGAUUUUAUGAGUUUAAAAUAUUAAAAUAUACAAAAAUUGUUCUGAAAAGGAGUUGAUUUCCUUGGAUAUGUGUUUUGGAGCAGUGGAUCUCAGCUGGGGGGGUCAUCAGCCACAUCUGGAGACAUUUUUGAUUGCUAUGGAGACCAAAGGCUACCACAGUCUCCCGGAAGGUCUAGAGAUGGACAGACGGUGGGGUCAAGUUUCUCAGACUGUGGAGCGCUCUUCGCUGGGGUCCACGGAGAGAACCGAUGAGAACAACUACAUGGAGAUUGUCAACGUAAGCUGUGUUUCCGGUGCUAUUCCAAACAACAGUACUCAAGGAAGCAGCAAAGAAAAACAUGAACUACUCCCUUGCAUUCAGCAAGACAGUCACCGUUCUGGGAUUUUAACAUCUGAUAUUAAAACCGAGCUGGAGUCUAAGGAACUUUCUGCGACUGUGGCUGAGUCCAUGGGUUUGUACAUGGAUUCCGUGAGAGAUGCUGACUUCGCCUACGAUCAGCAGCACCAAGGAGGCACGAGUCCAGCGAAGUUGAGCCAAAACGUUGACCAGCUGGUGAAAUUUUACAAAGAAAAUGGCCAUCGUCCUUCCACUCUCGGUGGUGUGAGCCGGCCCCUGCGAUCCUUCAUGUCUGACUCGGGGAGCUCUGUGAAUGGGGGGGUCAUGCGGGCCAUCGUGAAGAGCCCCCUGGCUGGCCACGAGAAGAGCCCAUCGGUGUGCAGCCCGCUGAACUUGACCUCUUCGGGGUGCAGCCCCGCUGGCAUCAACCCCGUGUCCUCCACCUCGGCCAGCUUUGGCAAUUUCACAGUGCACAGCCCCAUCACCCAGGGGACUCCUUUGACGUGCUCCCCUAACGUGGAAAACCGGGGCUCCAGGUCGCACAGCCCAGCACACGCCAGCAACGUGGGCUCCCCUCUCUCAAGUCCAUUGAGUAGCAUGAAGUCCCCCAUCUCCAGCCCUCCGAGUCACUGCAGCGUAAAAUCUCCGGUGUCCAGUCCCAACAAUGUCCCUCUGCGAUCUUCUGUGUCCAGCCCUGCUAAUAUCAGCAACUCAAGGUGCUCCGUGUCCAGCCCUUCCAACAACAGGUCCGCGCUCUCCAGCCCCACGGCCAGUACCGUGGGGUCCAUGUGUAGCCCUCUCAACAAUGCCUUCGGCUACGCCGCCUCGGGCACCCCUGCCGGGGCCGUGGCAGCCCGGGAUGUGGUCCCCAGUCCAGACACACACGAGAAAGGUGCCCCCGAGGUCCCUUUCCCUAAGACCGAGGACGUGGAGAAUGCCAUCUCCAACGGCGGCUCGGGCCCGCUGAACAUCGUCCAGUACAUCAAGGCGGAGCCUGAUGGAGCCUUCGGCAGCUCGUGUCUAGGAGGGGGCAGCAAGAUCAGCUCGGAGUCCCCCUUCUCGGUACCAGUAAAGCAAGAACCCACCAAGCACUCGUGUUCAGGCACCUCGUUUAAAGGGAAUCCCCCAGUAAACCCGUUUCCAUUCAUGGAUGGCUCGUAUUUUUCCUUUAUGGAUGAUAAAGACUAUUAUUCUCUAUCAGGAAUUUUAGGACCACCGGUGCCCGGCUUUGAUGGGAGCUGUGAGGGCAGUGGGUUCCCAAUGGGGAUUAAGCAAGAACCGGAUGAUGGGAGCUAUUACCCCGAGGCCAGUAUCCCCUCCUCCGCCAUCGUUGGGGUGAAUUCCGGGGGACAGUCCUUUCACUACAGGAUUGGUGCUCAAGGUACCAUCUCUCUGUCACGAUCGGCGAGAGACCAGUCGUUCCAACACCUGAGUUCCUUUGCACCUGUCAACACCUUGGUGGAAUCCUGGAAACCACACGGUGACCUGUCAGCUCGGAGAAGCGACGGAUAUCCGGUUCUCGAAUACAUUCCAGAAAACGUGUCAAGCUCUACUUUACGAAGUGUUUCUACUGGAUCCUCAAGACCUUCCAAAAUAUGUUUGGUGUGUGGGGAUGAGGCUUCAGGAUGUCAUUAUGGGGUGGUAACCUGUGGCAGCUGCAAAGUGUUCUUCAAAAGAGCAGUGGAAGGGCAACACAACUAUUUAUGUGCUGGAAGAAAUGAUUGCAUCAUAGAUAAAAUUCGACGGAAGAAUUGUCCUGCCUGCAGACUUCAGAAAUGUCUUCAAGCUGGAAUGAAUUUAGGAGCUCGAAAGUCAAAAAAGUUGGGAAAGUUGAAAGGGAUUCAUGAAGAACAGACGCAGCAGCAGCAGCCCCCGCCUCCGCCCCCGCCCCCCCAGAGCCCUGAGGAAGGGACAACCUACAUCGCGCCGGCGAAGGAGCCCUCGGUCAACUCAGCGCUGGUGCCCCAGCUCUCCGCCAUCUCCCGGGCACUCACGCCAUCCCCCGCCAUGAUCCUGGAAACCAUCGAGCCCGAGGUCGUGUAUGCAGGCUACGACAGCUCCAAACCAGAUACCGCUGAGAAUCUGCUGUCCACGCUCAACCGCUUAGCGGGCAAACAGAUGAUUCAAGUCGUGAAAUGGGCAAAGGUACUUCCAGGAUUUAAAAACUUGCCUCUUGAGGACCAAAUUACCCUAAUCCAGUAUUCUUGGAUGUGUCUGUCAUCAUUUGCCUUGAGCUGGAGAUCGUACAAACAUACGAACAGCCAAUUUCUCUAUUUUGCGCCAGACCUCGUCUUUAAUGAAGAGAAGAUGCAUCAGUCAGCCAUGUAUGAGCUCUGCCAGGGGAUGCACCAAAUCAGCCUCCAGUUCGUCCGCCUGCAGCUCACCUUUGAGGAAUACACCAUCAUGAAGGUUCUGCUGCUGCUCAGCACAGUUCCAAAGGAUGGCCUCAAGUGCCAGGCUGCAUUUGAAGAAAUGAGGACAAAUUACAUCAAAGAACUGAGGAAGAUGGUCACCAAGUCUCCCAACAAUUCUGGGCAGAGCUGGCAGAGGUUCUACCAACUGACCAAGCUGCUGGACUCCAUGCAUGACCUGGUGAGUGACUUGCUGGAAUUUUGCUUCUACACCUUCCGAGAGUCCCAGGCGCUGAAGGUGGAGUUCCCCGCGAUGCUGGUGGAGAUCAUCAGCGACCAGCUGCCCAAGGUGGAGUCGGGGAACGCCAAGGCCCUGUACUUCCACCGGAAGUGACACGAGACCGCCCCCCAGAAGAACUUUGCCUU